UUGGUCACUUUAAAAUUUAUAAUUUUGUGUUUUUGUAAACAAAUGCAGAAAAUUACGAAGUUCAUACUAAAUAAGUAGUUAAUUCUUGAAAAAUAAACUUAAAGUACACAAUCAUUAAGCCCCCAACACCAUAGAAGUUCAAAUAAUCAAUUUUAAGGAUAAACAGAAUGUUUAAAAAAUCAAAGCCAAAAGUUGAACCCCCACCGACGGCGCCAAGUGUGGAAGAGAUGCUGGAGGACUUGGAAACUUUUGAGGUCAAUCAGCCUCCCUUAAGUGGAUCUACUUCCGAUUUGGAGCAUGCCCUUCUCACAGAACCAGAAGCGAUAUCGCUUCCAACUUGGUGGCAGGUCUUUGACGAAUACGAUCGGAAGGUCACAAAACUUUCUUCCACCGAGGCGAAUCUGGAAGACCAAAGAAAUCAGUUGAAAGAAUGCUACGCCAAACUAGAGAGGAAUGCGGAGAAAUUGAGGGAGGGCAUCCAGAAGCAACAGGCGUUAGCCAAAGAAGCUCUUAAAUGUUAACUAACGAUAUGAUUUAAGCGAUCAUGUUAAA